GUUACGCGUCAACCCGGAAGUGGCGAAGGAGGGAGAUUCAUGUCUGUGGAGCUACAUGCCGUUAGCGUCUCUGCUCGGUUUGUUGUCUUAUAAACAAGACAUUUGGUUUAUGACGGUGUUUCUGUGAAGGGUUGCAUCAACAUGGCUCUGCUGCGGAUGAGGGCUCCACAGGGGGCCAAUGCCACGGAGAUAGAGAAGAAAAUCAAGAGGGGCAAUGCUCUGCGUCAGGGUUCUGCAUGGCGAGGGUUUCUUGGUUCUCGCUGGUUCCUGGUUCUGCUGCUGGUGGUGGUUCUGAUGGCGGGGGGGGCGAUGUGGAUCUACCUCUCUCUGGACAGCGAGGUCACAGAAACACUCGUCAGCCGAGGGGAGCUCGUCUCUCCUCAUCCAAGGAUCUACAGCGUGCCCUGCUCCGAGGACUACAACAACCACAAACGAUACCCAGGAUGCACCCCUCAGAAGUGUGGUCGGGCCGUCACAGACAGCAUUGUGACCCGGGAGGAGGCUGAGACGCUCAAGAGGCUGGCUGAGAGAGGGCUGGCUCUCGCUGGAUCAGAGGGAGGAGCCUCCAUACUGGACCUGCACUCUGGAGCUCUGUCGAUGGGCAAACAGUUUGUGAACAUCUACAGGUAUUUUGGGGAACAGAUCGGGGAGGUGUUCACAGAGGAGGAUUUCCAGCUGUACAAAGACGUGCGUGUGCGGAUCCAGGCGGUGAUUGCAGAGACGUUUGGUUUGGACCCGGCUCUGAUGUACCUCACUAAGCCCACCUUCUUCUCCAGAAUCAACAGCACCAUCGCCCAGACCCAACACGACGAGUACUGGCACCCGCACAUCGACAAGGUGACGUACGGCUCGUUCGACUACACCUCACUCCUCUAUCUGUCCGACUACGGCUCUGACUUCUCCGGAGGAAGAUUCAUCUUCAUGGAUCCUAAUGGCAACCGGACCGUGGAGCCACGAGCAGGACGAGUCUCCUUCUUCUCUUCGGGCACGGAGAACCUCCAUCGGGUGGAGAAGGUUUCGUGGGGAACGAGGUUCGCCAUCACCGUGUCCUUCACCUGCGACCCCGCGCACGCCAUCGCUGACCCCGCCAUGCCCUAAAUGUGGGUUUUGGGGGGGGGACGGACGACAUCACAGCUCAGUGGCUCCAACAAACCCUGCAGAGAGGAGGAGGAGGAAGAUGAGGAGAGACUUUACUCCGGCUCAACGGUCCAUAUCUGACAUUUCCAUUUUCAGAUAUUGACUCGCUGGAGAAAAGCACACAGGCGUUCAUUUUGCACAGUUUAGAAACUUUACUAUGAUUUUUGACAGAUGUUCUGAUCAUCUUUGCGUCGUUCUCUCUGUAGAGGUGUUGUUUCUGACUUUCUAACUGAUCUUUUGGGUUUUUCUACAUGUUUCUACAGCUGUUUCCAUUGUUUCUUGCACCGUUAAGAAAGUUAGAAUUAAGUUUUACACCCAACAAACCCUGCAGAGAGGAAGAGAGACUUUACUCCGGCUGUACGGUCAAUAUCUGACAUUUCCUUCCAUUUCAGAUUUUGACCUGCUGUCGCUCGCUGGAGAAAAGCACACAGGCGUUCACGGUUUCCCUUCCUUUGGUUUCGUUUGGCACAAUUUACAAAUAAUUACUAUUAUUUUUGACAGAUUUUUGUGAUCAGUUUAAAGGAGGGAUUUAUCAUCUUUGCAUCAUUCUCUCUGUAAAGGUGUUAUUUCUGACUUUCUAACUAAUCUGUUUUUAUCCGAUGUUUCCAUUGUGUUUCUUGCACCGUUAAGAAGGUUCUAAUUCAGUGUGCACGAUUAUGGAUUUAUGAGGAAAAUGAUCAUGUUGUGAUUUCUUAGGAAGAGAAUAAGGGUCAAGCGACAUUUCCUUUGAGAUCCGACCAAAAGUUGAUGAUUUCUUUUUUUUUUUUUUUUAAAGUCAGAAUUCUGUGAAAAACUUUUUGACUUUUUGACUUUUUUUUUCUCCGAAUUCUGCGAUUAGAGUCAGAACUGACUUUGUGUCGCGGUGUCAGAAUUAUGACUUUAAUUGCCGAACUUGAAACAAAAGCUCUUCACUUUUGGUCACAUCUCAAUACAAUCCCUAAGCUGGAAUAUCUCCUCAUUUCCACCAUCUUAUGUAACACACAUUUAGCCUUUAUCAAAUACUGUGCUUCCUGCGAUUUAAAUAUUGCACCCGUCCAUUUUGCCUUUCUGUUACAUGUGUGCCUCAUUGUGCAGCCUUAUUCUUUUUGAAAUGGUUUAAUUUCUUGCUGACUUUUUUUCUUUUUUUAUCAAAUGUUUCUACAGCAGUUUCUUUUUUUAUUUCACGAUCAGUUUUGGUGUUUUUUUGGUUCCUGAAACUCAUGUCCGCUCUCUGUGUCUCUUCGGUAUUUUGGCGCCUCUCGGUUCAAAAGAGGCUAACGAUGGGUUGUGUGUUUUCUGUGUGUCGCGGUGUGUUUCGGUCAAAGCCUCGAAUAAAAGAGAUCACUGGUGAUUCAGCGAUUGAAUCAUUACUCUCUGACCCAGGAGGUGUUUUCUUCUGAGAAGAACCCGCUGGAGGGAUUUCUCUUUUUAGUUUGUUACCGUUUACUUCAAAGUGUUCGGGGAGGGCGCUUUGAAAUAAAAUACUGACAGUAAAAAAUAAA